AUGAGCCAAAAUGCCAGUGGAACGCGCCUUCUCACUGGAUAUGCUAGUGGCCGAUUGGCAAUGUGGCAAAUUCCUGCACCAUGUGAAGCGACAUCAACUAGCUUAUUUGCGAGUGACUCAUCCUUUUUCAACUUUAAUACAUCUCAAACUUCUCGGAGAAAACGUGAUCUUGAGAGCCUUAAGACAGGCAGCAUGGAUUUGCGUAUUCGAGGGUCGGAAGAAGGAGAAGAAUCAGGAGUUCAGCUAGACUUCAGUCAGGAGGAAUUGCAAGAAGCUGAACGGCUAGAUUGUUUGGAUAAAGACGAAGAAAUGAAAAGGACAGAAAAGGAGUUCAUAUCGCUCGAUCCCUCCGCCCAUUCUGACAUUUAUUUCCAUGAUACUCAAUCUCAAUUGUCGGGGCAAACAGAUGUUGGUAUUAGAUUCCGUCGACUGCGUCCUGCCAGUGUUGGAAGCCUCGGGGCUGGGACCUCGGAUUGCCGGGGCCGAUUGCUGCGCAUCAUAGACGAUGCCCAUGGGGUUAAUCAGCCCAUUCUAUUUUGUGCAUUCACUGCAGCCCCUGCAGUGGCCAUCUGUGUAGAUGCAGCUGGAUCUGCCUUUCGGUUGUCAUUCAAGCGGGGCCUUUUAGGAAGAUCUACCGACUCUGUUUGCUUUUUCAAUGGCAGGUUAUAA